UGGGGAUGGAAAUCAAUCCAAUGGGUUCAUGGGACACGUUGCGAAUCGUUGCCUGUUGAGUGAAUGCACUGCAUGACUGAAGCGGGCCACCACACACCCACGCAGGCCGCACCACGAACCAAUGUGGUCACAAUUGCUCGGCUGACAGGCAAGCAUACAUACCAGAUCGUACAUGUACAUGAGCGGCAACAACAAAUACCAACUACUGCACGCAGACUACACAAAUACCCCGACAGACGCAGCCAAACAAAGACAGACCAUACAGAGCAGCAGUAUCGAUCCACAUGAGCUGCAAACCCAACAAAUAUGAAUGAAUGCAGUGAGUGCACCUAUGUCUCCGUCUACCGGCAGCAGAAAUAAUCGAUAUCUACCUACACACUACGAUGUCCCGCUCUCGUCGAAGACUAUCGUAUCGCUGUCAUGAAGGUCCCACCACCUGCCUCCGUUCCGCAACGCAGUCGCAGUCAUCCCACCAAACACAUCCUCUCUCCCCCACAAGCGGUGCAGCAGACCUUCCUGCGUCCGGUCGUGUGGACACUCACGCGGCCCAGAGACCACCCCCUCCCUGUACAUCCGCCCGCCGUCAUGCACCUUCAAGUGGCACCUGCCAUUGCCCUCAUCGAAUGAGAAGAACCGACAGCUGCUGUCUUGUGCGCAGAGGGCCUGGCACGAUGCAGCGGAGUCGGCUUGCAGUGGGGGGGUGUUGGGCACGUCGAGGCGAGCCAUGAAGACGUCGUGCUCGAAGCACUCUAUCCUGACUGGCUGCUGGCCCAGGAAUGUCAUGGUUACAUUCUCAGCUGACGCGCCAUCGGCCUGCAGCAUCCUCCCUGCGCCCAUUCGGACAAAAGACACACACACACUUGUGGACUUGCCAGCAUCUCCGUGUGGACGUGUCAGCAUCUUUGGACGUACGCCUUACUGUUUGUAUGUCCUAGUGGUGUUAAGAGGGUCCGCGAGGGUAUGCCCUUCGACCCAUCGUGAAGCAGUGGAACCGCUCUGAAAUAGCAGGUGGCCUCGUGUAGGCAGUGUGCCCGUUGCUGCAUGGUUCCGUCGACCUUGAGCUUUUCCUCAAACUUGGUCUUGUUCAAUGUGGCGAGGUGGUGCUUGGGUGGGCUCGACGGACCGCCGUACACCUCCCACCUCUUGACAUUCGUCACCCCGUUCCUGCAAAGCACAGCAAUCGAGUCUGUCUCCUUGGUGUGUCUGGCUGCAUUCUCCCUACCAGCUGAAGUGGAUUGUGGGCGCCUUCUCCCCAUGCGGCCGUGCCACCAUCAGCGGAGGGUCUUUGGACCUGCCCCACCAGGGCAGCUUGUGCGUCUGGAAGGCUCCAUUCUGCUGAAUGAACCGGAGCUCCAACACGACCUUGCCCUCUCGCGUCACCUCUGUAUAGAAAGGGAUGUUGACUUUGCCUGCGCCGCCCCAGUUGAUGGCCGCAUUGCCGUUGGGGAGUGCCUGCAUACUCCCCAUUGCAAAGCCAUACGGACCUGACAGGACGCAGAACACGGACAGGAAGCAGUCGACGUCUCUUGCACGUCGUCUGUCUGUCUGUCCACACUCACCUUUGUGUGACCGAAUCUCCCUGGCGGUGUUGUUGUCUUCAUCGACCUGGUAGACGACUGCCUGAGACCACCAAGUGUCCUGGAUGAGCGGGGUGGUGGAGUGGUGGUUGUCGAACAUGGUGAGGACGUUGCUGUCAUCGAUGCGUGUGUGGUGCUGGAACUUGAAGGGCGACACGCCCUUGCCCUUCUCGACCUCCAUGGUGCUGAAUGCAGGGCUGCGGUUGGCCCCGCCUAGCAUCCACGCCACCUCGCCUCUCAUGUCGAUCUUCAGCACCUGCACACAUGGCAUGGCAUAGGUAUGGCAUAGGUAUGUGUGUGAGCCAGGCCAGGCGGCGGGCAUAUUAUUCUGCCCACCGUAAGUGGUCUGAGUGAGAGCAGGAUGCCCCCGUCCCGUGUGAAUGACACCGAGUUGGGAUGGGUGGUGUCGAUGACGGAGUAGUCGGCCUUGCCCAGCAGCUGGUCCAGCUUGUACUUGCCCCUGAUGAGCACCGGUAUCGGCCACUGAUCGAUGGCACGCCACUCGAGCAGCACGUCGCCGUUCUUGUCGACCAUUUGCGUCACGGCUGUGUCGACCAUGAGCACCUUUGGCAUGUUGGCUGCCUUGUCCUUGGUGAAGUGGUGCAGGUGAAAUGUCUGCCUGUCGUAGAUGAUGAACAGGCGGGUGCCGUCCUCCCUGAUGGCCACAUCGUGCUGGUCAGCCAUGUGCCUGUAAGACAGACAUGAUAUGGCCAGAGAGAUGAGAUGCACACCCGCCACGGGUGUGUAUAUCGUGUGUGUGUGGCAUUGGUCUGUUUGUGCUACCCGUGGGCGGCCUGGUGCCUCUCGAUGGGGUGGUAAUGGUGGUUCAUCUCUAUCCACUCACGGCUGGGUCGCUCACCGCCCAUCACACGACUGACAAACAAACCUCAUUGCAGCAUCCCGCCUUGGCCCCUGCCUUCCCCCUCUCCCGCUCACCUGUCUUUCCUCUCGAGCUGGUCGAACAGCAGCAUGUUGCCGCGCCCGCUGGUCCGAAACACACGCUGGCGCUUGUUGGAGGCGUACCUUCGCCAAAAGACCGGCUGGCCGUUGCUGUCGACGAUCGUCAGGAAGGGCCGUUGGUAGUCUGGACGCAUCGUGAACUGAUCCACGAGGGAGAGCCACCAUAUCCUCCCCUUCUCGAUUUUGUCUGGGUCGCCAGACGCCUGUGUGACCUCGAAGUGGGGGUAAUCGCGCGGAAGGGUGGCGAAGUAGCGUGUGGGAAACCUCUUGAAAUCAUGGCCGUCUGCAUCCGCCUGCGGCAAUGGCCACUCUGACGGCUCCCUCGCGCCGUCGUCGUCCACUUUGGCGUCGCGGUCAGGAUCACUGUCUUCCAGCUGUUCCGAGUCGAAGGGGUUCUCGUCGUCAGGCGUAUCAAUGAAGAAAUCCCAUUCUUCCGCCUCAAAGGGGCCGUAGUCCCACCGCUCGAGCAUCGCCUGCCUGGAUUGCUGCCACUGGCUGUUGCCUUUGUUGCUGGCCCACUCAACUCCCGCUUCCAUCUCCACCUGCUGUUGCCCCCCUGUGGGCAAGUAGGCCUUCUGCGGCCUGUCGGUCACCACAAACGACCACGCCAGCCCUCUGUAUGCCUUGCCGUCUUUGUCCACCACGCCAGGGGCCAUUUUGACGGUCACCUUCUCAUCUGGAUGGAACAUCCGCUGUGGCCUGAACGUGAUGGUUGAGCCGUCAGCUGCCACGUGCAGGUUGCCGCUGAUGUCGCCGCUGCGCUCUCCCCUCACCCAUAGACGGUCACGAAUGGACGAUGGCUCGACCUUGAUGCCGUCCUUCAGCCGAACCGCGAUGGUCGUUGCGGGUGACACGAAGAAAGCGAAAGGCCUCGGAUGCACAUACUGAAAGUCGCCGAGCCUCUCAUGGCCCUUCUUCUUUGCAGUGACCAUCAUUUGGCCGUUGUCAGCAGCCGCUGUUGCGGCCGUGUCACUGAGGCCGAACUGGUCCCAGGAUGACUCGCUGAAAGCCUUCGGUGUGACUUCAAGAAACUCGAUUGGCUUGCCGUCGUCGUCAGUCAGGGCCUCCGUCUUUGCGCGACCACUCAGCUCGGCCUCAAGCAACGACAGAUACGCAUCUCGUUCUUUCUCCUCUUCUUCUGCAGGUGGCUCGUCGUCGAAAACAUUGCUGAAGGCAGCCGUGGAUGCGGAAGGGUCAUCGUCCCUCGCACUUGCUCGAAGGUUGGCAAGCUGAGAGUCCUCACCUGUUUCUUGACCUUUCACGUCGCUGAGGACUACUAGCAACACCUCGAGAAAGAACCCCAAAACAAACGCCUCUCUGUGUUUUCUCAUGCCGGCUUACUUCGAG